UCGACGCCGUCGUACGUGACGUCUCCUCGGCAGUUCGCUACGUGCUACGUCACCAACGGUUAGUCCGCUUUCAGCGACUCACCCACCGAACGGCAGCGAACGAUGCCGCCCCGGCGGCACGACCCCGGCGCGAGGCGGAGCGGAGGCCCGGCGGCGCCCGGCGCGGCCCGCCGCGGCGGCUCCGCGGUGCUCCCGUCGGUCCUCACGUUCCUGGUGAUCGUGGCGUCCGGCGGCCUGCUGCUGAUGAUCGAGAAGGGGCUGCUGAGCGGCGUGGAGACGCCCCCGCCGCUCGGCGCCGGGAGGCGGCCGGACGACGCGCGGCGGAGCGGAAGCUCCGCGCUCGCCGCCGCCGACGACGUCCUCCAGGAGAUCCGCAACCGCACCAUCAGGAGCGUGUGCGGCCAGAAGAGCAUGCCGCAGGACGUGUGGUCCCUGAGCGCCCUGCAGAGGAGGACGCUGCUGCAGCACGUCCUGGUCAACGACCGCCACCGCUUACUGUACUGCUACGUCCCCAAGGUGGCCUGCUCCAACUGGAAGCGGGUCCUCAAGGUGCUGAGCGGCGCCCUGGAGAACGUGGACGUCAGCGUCAAGAUGGACCACCGCAGCGACCUCCUCUUCCUGCACUCGCUGAAGCCCGAGGAGAUCCGCCACCGCCUCCAGCACUACUUCAAGUUCAUGUUCGUGCGCGAGCCCAUGGAGCGCCUGCUCUCCGCCUACCGCAACAAGUUCGGGGAGAUCGAGUCCUACCAGAGGAAGUACGGCGUGGAGAUCGCCAGGCGAUACAGGAAGCCUCCCGCCAAGGACGCGGCGGCGGCGGCGACGAGGGGCGACGACGUCACCUUCGCCGAGUUCGUCCGCUACCUGCUGGACGAGGACGCCGAGCGCAUGAACGAGCACUGGAUGCCGAUGUACAACCUGUGCCAGCCGUGCGCCGUGCGCUACGACUUCAUCGGCUCCUACGAGCGGCUGGAGGCCGACGCCGAGCUGGUGCUGCGGCGCGUCGGGGCGCCGCCCGCCGUCCGCUUCCCGGAGCGCCAGGCGUGGUACAAGCCGGUCACCGCGGAGACGCUGCACUACUUCCUGUGCGGCCUCCCGCAGAGGCUGCUGAGGGAGCUGCUGCCCAAGUACAUCCUGGACUUCUCCCUGUUCGCCUACGCGCUGCCCAACGCCACGGCCGCCCACUGCCGCCACUGAGGGGCCGCGGGGGGGCCGCCCACUGAGGGGCCCCGGAGGCUUUUAUGUGGAGAACCUUUUUUAAAAACUGUUUUAUACCGCUAAGUGUUUAUAGCUGUUACACAUUUCUACUCCAGAUGUUUCCUGAACAUUUUUUUAAAGAAAAACCGCAACAAACCACUAAAGCUUGAAAUCCGCUGCAGACAAAGAACAAACAAAGCAAACGUUUCCUUUUCUACGUUUUCCUGUUACAGCUCAGUGAGGUAAACUGUGGUUCUCUCUUUUUUCCUCAAACUGUUUUUACGUUGUAAUAAAACACAAGUUCAAUU